GGGUGUGAGGAAGAAGUGAUAACAAGCACCUAAAAAUUAGUGAUAUGUGUGCAUAUUAUAAUUUAAAUAAUGUUCACGAUAGUCUUUUAAAAAUACUUCUUCAGCUUGAUGUUUCUAUGAAAACUAAAAGGAAGACAUGACGCCUUUUUAACACGUUAAGCCUCUCACUCUGACCAAAUAACGUUGCUUUCCCAGAUGACCAAAUCAAGACUUCUUAUGAAAAUGCAACUGUAACUUUUGAUCUCGGAAAGGGUUCAACUUAUCUAGCAUUUCUGGCCGGCGAAGAAGAGGCCUCAUUCACCUUCGAGGUUGAAGGAUUGAUGAAUUCCACCGCAAAAUCCUACCAAUCAUUCGAAGUACAAAUAUGGCAUUUAAUGAAAGUUUUCAUUGGAUAUAAAGAGAGCAAAACAACAGUGACCAUCUAUCCAAAGACCACCUAUACCAUAGCAGGAGAUCUGGGGACACCCUUAAAAAUCAAAAUCAAGAGCAACGAAAAAAUCUACUGGACACAGUGCAAAAACUACUUCAACUGCUAUUUCUCUGGUUCAGUUCUUCAGGCAACAGACUGCAGAAGAGAUUCGCCGGUGAACUCAACAACAUUGGUUUUUAUAAUCGUCUGUGGAUUGUUGGUCGUGACUGUCAUGGGGCAGGUUGUUUCGAUUCUCAUCCGUUGGAAAAAGUCUGAGUUAACAGAACCUGAACCAGACCUAAUAGAAGAUGCCAUCUACGAGGAAGUCAAUAUGUCGGAAUCACCAGGUAUAUUUCCUAGAGGACAAGAGCACCACGAGACCAUCAACCGCCUCUAUGGGAUUACGAUUCAGAGACGGGAGAGAGCAAUAGUCUGCCAGUGGUGAAUUAUUUUUAAAAAAUCAACUCGAAACCAUGGAUUAAAGUUUACUGUCUUUGUAAUUCGUGCAGUUAUUUGUGUUGUUCUAGGCACAAAAGGAAAAUUUUAAAAUGUAUUGCUGACAUAAUUGUAAACAGUGAAUAAGAAAAUGGGAAAAAUUAUCCUUAAUACCCUGAAAUAAGUAAACGCUCCUGAGCAAUGCCUACGAUACACAAUUAUAUGCUUUCCAGAUGGCCUUUUUUGUAAGCUAGUGUAAACACGAUUUAAAAAUCUGCCGUUCUCUUAAGCCAAAGAAAUUAAAUAUCUCUGGCGUUUCCAGACUACAGAGGAGAUGAUCGCAAAUCGCGAAGUUUGAAAUUAGAUCAUAAGAGAAGAAGGGAGAACGAAGAAGCUGAAUGAGAAUUUGCGAAGAGGAUUGCUGUGACUACUACUACGCUGAGGGGGAUUUUGUCUUGAUAUCCUUUAAUACGAGUAGAUAUGAACGGGACCCACUGUUUUUUACCAACUAGGUAGGAAAUCUCUAAAAUUCUGGGCCAGAUCUUAACUUAUAUCUUACUUUGCUUUCAACAGACUAUAGUGUGCAGCAGGUGUUUUUUACUUUUCUCGUCGAUUUUCAGUCAUUCAUGUUCAUUUCUUCAAACUUACUGAAUUUGUUAGUACUCAUUAUGAUAACUGGGAGAUCAGAUUGGACCUCCUUUCCUAAACGAUAACCGAUUCUUUCUAUUUUUUCUUGGAAGUUUUCUGACAGGUUCUUAUGGUCACUGGUUACGUUUCUUGAGUCCUAAUCAAGGUGGUCCUAAUAUUCCGGCUGAAUUAUCGUGAAUUAUUUUGAAUUUUUCUCUUCACUAAACAUUUUAUUGUAAUAAUAUUUUCUUGGUUUUCAAAAUCAAGUCAUUUUACUGAUUUCUGGCGGUUUUAUACAGUGACCAAUUUUCAUUACUUCUUGAAUUUUUCGAUCUUUUCCAUAGAUCUUCCAUUUUCCUUUUCUUAAUCUUAGCUUCACAUAAUUUACUGUUAAACCAUUUGAUGUUUUCUUUAACUAUUAUUUGCCCUGUCACUUCUGGACAUUUAUCGUUGUAGUUUGAUGCUAAUGUACUUUUGUUGUAGUCUGUAAAACAGCUUACGCAUGCCUGGUCACCUGUCAAGGUAUUCCUCAAAUUACACUUGCACUCCUGGAUUAUUUCUCUUAUUUUCUUUAUGCUCUCAACAAUAAACUUACCAGCUUUAAAGUUGGUUUUGUUUCUGUAAGUAAUUGUUUUUUUCAUUGCAUAGCCUUUCCAUAUAUUUAUACUAAAUUUGAAUAGACUAGUUAAUGUAUUGGAGAUAUCACGCAUUCAGGCUCGACUUACGUCAUUCACAAUCUCAUUGAUUUUGUUUUGUAUAACUAGGUCGGUGGUAGGGUUCAAUAAUGAUGUAGGUUUCUUCACGACAUUUACAAGGUCAUGGCUUUCAAGUAGCUAUUUAAAUUCUUUGACAUAAUUGUCGUCAUUAUCAUCUAAAUGCAGGUCGAAGUCACCACAAACCAGUCUAUAUUUGUUACCAGCUAACAUGUUUAGGAAGUCACUGAAUUCGUCUAGGAACGAUCUCUUACUUGUGCUUGGUGAUUUGUAAACUAUUAUAAUUUGUGUUUAUUUAUGUGUGUAAAUUUAGUGCUGAUAUAAUCGAAUGUAUUGAACACAUUUUGGUUCAUUAUAGAUACUUUGUAUACUUUUUCUACAAUGAUUUCUACUCCACAACCUUCUUUGUUUGCUCUUGUUGCAUGGUAAAAGUUGUGUGACCCUAGUCAUUUCGUUUGUUUAGGAAUAGUCACUAACAUUAUUGAUUAGCCAAAUCUCCCUUGCUUGCUCAAAAUGAAGAGACAGAGAAAAAAGAUUGUUGGAGAAUGAUGCAGUCCACUUUUUCUUCAUAGUGAUAAAUAACUGGAUCUUUACUUGAGCCCUCUAUAUCUAGCUUGAAUGUAA